AUUACGUUACGUACAGUGCGUAAAAGGCUCGUGCACGUUCAUUGCCAAAAACGUAUGACACCACACCACCCAAGAACCAGAAUCCGGAACUGCACCGCGACGCCAUCGCUGCUCAGGACAGGCUCUGCCAGUUCCAGUUAUGGAGAAUGUUAGCAGCGCAAACACGCAGUUCGCCCUCGACUUCUUCCGGGAGGUGUGUGGGACCAGCGGCAACAUCUUCUUCUCCCCCCUGAGCAUCAGCGCCGCGUUUGCCAUGGUCUACCUGGGCGCUAAGGGGAACACCGCGGGUCAGAUGUCCAAGAUUCUGUCUUUCAACAUGACCCCUGAUCUCCACUCAGAUCUAAAGAAGUUUAUUUCAGAUAUUGACAAACCUGAUGCCCCUUACCAGCUGACACUCGCCAACCGUCUCUAUGGCGAAAAGACCUUCAGCUUCCUGAAAGAGUUCUUGGACGCCACACGGAAGUUCUACCAAGCUGAACUGGAGCCAAUGGACUUCAUAGGUGCAGCAGAGGAAUCCUGCUGUCAAAUCAACCAGUGGGUGGAGGCCCAAACCAAUGGCAAAAUUAUGGACAUUUUGAAGCCAUCCGCAAUAAAUAACACAACAAAACUGGUUCUUGUCAAUGCCUUGUACUUUAAAGGACACUGGUUGCACAGCUUUGAUCAGUAUGACACAAGGGAAAUGCCUUUUAAAAUCAAUGAGAGGGAGACCAAGCCUGUUCAGAUGAUGUAUUUGCAGAAAGUAUUGCCAUUUAAACAAAUUGAGGAGUAUGGCCUGCAGAUAGUGGAGAUGCCCUACAAGGGUGAUGAGCUGAGCAUGUUUAUCCUGCUCCCUGAGGAACCCCAGAAUGGCUCCACUCCCCUGCAGAAGCUGGAGAAAGAACUGACCCUGGAGAAGAUAAACGAAUGGACAGACCGGAAGAAUAUGGACAGUGGUGGUUAUAUUGACUUGUACCUCCCAAAGUUCAAGCUGGAAGACAGUUAUGACCUGAAGGAAGCCCUGGCUCAUCUGGGAAUGACGGAUGCGUUUGAUGAGAAACUGGCAGAUCUGACUGGCAUAAACAGGGAGGGCGGCCUCUUCAUCUCCGCUGCUGUUCACAAGUCCUUCAUAGACGUGAACGAGGAGGGAACUGAGGCUGCAGCUGCCACGGGAAUCUCCAUACAGCUGUGUUGUUUGAUCAUAGGGAAAAAAUUCAUGGCCGAUCACCCCUUCCUCUUCUUCAUCAGACACAACACGUCCAAGACAAUCCUCUUCUUUGGCAGAUUUUCUUCUCCAUGAGAUCCAUUUCCUAUUUACGUACUGCCAGAAAUAUUAAUCCACAUUCCAUAUAUUGAUUGCUUGUAUCACUAUAGAAUUGAUACUUGGUUUCAUGAGUGAUUAAAUAGUUUUUCUAAUAUCAAACAAAUUAGCUUUAAUUAUUUGGAAUCCAGCUUUCUAGGGCUUCUUCUUUGUGGAUUAAUGUCUUGAUCCAAUUUCUGACACCGACUGACAUUUAAUUGUGCCAGAUACUUAGAUGUAUGACCUGACACCAUGUGAGGCUUGUUACUGUACUUAAAAAGCAAAAUACAUUAUCAUUUCCAGUUAUCAGUAAUAAACUCUUCCUUAGAUAUUGA